GAGCAAGGAAAGAGACGAGAGAGUGGGAGAGUGUGGAGAAGCUCAGAGCUCGCGCCGGCAGGGCAGCAAAGCAGAGACGAGCACAACGCGCCACGGGGACGAGGGACUCCAAAGAGGAGGGAGACGAGAGACGAGGCAGCGCAGGAUUCCCCAUCCUGACCGCAGCCCGAGGAGGGAGCUACCAGCCUCCCGGAGGCUCUGAGUUCAUCUCCGGCGGCUCUUCAGAGGAACGACUCCCACCAACCCCCUAUCAACUACUCGACAUGAUCCUUGAGCUGCUCCUGCUCUCCUGGUGGAUAGGACACGGCCGUUGCGCUGUGUUUACCCAGCAGCCCCACGACCUGGUGGUGGUGGCGGGCCAACCAGUCACGCUCCCCUGCUCCAUUCCCGGAUACCACGGCAUCGUCCUCUGGGUCAAGGAUGGGCUGGCCCUGGGCGUGAACCGGGACCUCUCAGGUUACCCCCGAUAUGCAGUGGUUGGGGACCACGACGAGGGCGAGUACCACCUCCGGAUCCAGCGGGUUGAGUUGGUGGACGAUGCUCUCUUUGAGUGCCAGGCCAUCCAGGCUGCCAUUAGGUCACGACCUGCCCGGGUGACCGUGUUGGUUCCUCCCGAUGACCCUGCGAUCACAGGAGCUCCGGUAGUGAGUCUGCGAGCAGGGGAGCCCCUCAACCUGACCUGUCAUGCCAACAAUGCCAAGCCUGCAGCUUCCAUCAUCUGGAUUCGUGACAGGGAGGUCCUCAGUGGGGCAGUGUACUCCAAGACACUCCUCCGGGAUGGAAAGAGGGAGAGUGCUGUCAGUACGCUCCAUAUUCCCGCCUCCAGUGUGGAAAGCGGCCAGAUAAUCACCUGUAGGGCCUCCAACAAGGCGGUGCCCAGCGGCAAGGAGGCACGGGUCACCAUCGACAUCCAGCAUCUGCCCUUGGUGAACCUGUCGGUGGAACCGCAGCCCAUCCUGGAGGGGAACCUGGUCAAGUUCCACUGCUCGGCCAAAGCCAACCCACCGGUGACACAGUACAGGUGGGCCAAAGGUGGAAACAUCAUCAGGGAGGUGUCCGGUGACACCUAUGAGGUUGUGGUGGACCACUCCUUCUUCACAGAGCCAGUGUCCUGUGAAGUUACCAACCUCCUGGGCAGCACCAACGUCAGCCGGAACGUAGACGUUUACUUUGGGCCCCACAUGGCAGCAGAGCCACAGUCUUUGCAGGUGGACCAAGGCUCUGAUGCUGUGUUCAACUGCGCCUGGACCGGAAACCCCUCCCUCACCAUCGUGUGGAUGAAGCGCGGCUCUGGAGUGGUGCUGAGCAAUGAGAACGUCUUGACGCUGCGGGCGGUGAAACAAGAAGAUGCUGGGAAGUAUGUGUGCCGAGCAGUGGUCCCCAGGGUGGGAGCAGGGGAAAAAGAGGUGUCCCUCACUGUGAAUGGUCCCCCCACCAUCUCCAGCACCCAGACCCAGCAAGCCCUGCAUGGGGAGAAAGGGCAGAUCAAGUGCUUCAUCCGCAGCACCCCACCACCGGACCGCAUUGCGUGGUCCUGGAAGGAGACGGUUCUGGAGUCGGGGACAUCAGGUCGCUACACAGUGGAGACGGUCAGCACGGAGGAGGGCGUCAUCUCCACCCUCACCAUGAGCAACAUCGUGCCCGCCGACUUCCAGACCAUCUACAACUGCACGGCCUGGAACAGCUUCGGCUCCGACACCGAGAUCAUCCGCCUUAGGGAACAAGGUGGGAGGCAAGAGUCCCUCCACCUGGCUGUCAUUAUUGGGGUGGCCGUGGGUGCCUUCGUCGCCUUCAUUGUCCUCAUGGGGACCCUGGGAGCCUUCUGCUGCACCCGUGCCCAGAGAAAGGAGGUGCGCCUUGUAAUGUCUUCACUGCCCGUCUCCAUAUCCGCCCACCAGCGAGACCUCGCCAGCAAAAUUAAGACAGAAAAUCUGAAAGGGGUCGUUUCCACAAAGAGCGACAUCCGGGUGGAGAUUGUCCACAAGGAUCACAACGCCGCCCGUGAGACAGAGGAGCAUGCCGCCAUUAAGCAGCUCAUGAUCGAGAGAGGGGAGUUCCAGCAGGAGUCUGUGCUGAAACAGCUAGAGGUGCUGCAGGAGGAAGAGAAGGAGUAUCAACAUAUCAAGGACCCAACCAAUGGCUACUACAGCGUCAAUACAUUCAAAGAGCACCACUCGACCCCCACUAGCAGCCACGCCACCGAAGUACGCAACCCCGGCACGGCCACACUGGGCAAACACAGGGUGCCCACAGGCAUGUCCUUCACCAACAUCUACUCUACGCUGGGUGCCGGGCCCAACCGCCUUUACGACUACAGCCAACGCUUCGUCCUGGGCAUGGGCAGCAGCUCCAUUGAGCUGUGCGAGCGCGAGUACCAGCGCGGCUCACUCAGCGACUCGAGCUCGUUCCUGGACGCGCAGUGUGACAGCAGCGUGAGCAGCUGCGGCAAACCGGAUGGCUACGCGCAGUUCGAUAAGGCCAGCAAGGCAUCGGCAUCCUCGUCCUCGCAUUACUCACAGUCCUCGUCGCAGAACUCCGACCUGACGCGGCCCCUGCAGAAGCGCAUGCAGACCCAUGUGUAGCAGGGCCGCCUGAGGGCAUGGAGCCCUUCGACAAACCCACGGCAAGCAGCCAACAGGACUUGUCUUUCAUACGUGUUGGUUUCCUUGGACGGGGACUGGGUGGAGUUGCUUCAUCUGAAUUCUUCUCUGUCCAGUCAAGGAGGUUAAAAUUGUCCGUAUCCAGUUUGGCUCUCUUUGUCCUCUGGAAAAUUGCGACGCAGCUCAGUGUGUUUCGAUCAUAAGAAUCGUGCUUUUUUUUGCCAAAGUAGCUCAAGCUUAAAUGUACACUUCUUGACUGAAUAUUUGCCACACGUAGUUACAAAUCUAACAAGAAAAAAACAGUUGUUACUCUGGAGUGAAGAUGCCUGGCCUCUCCACGUGCCACAGUGUGACAGUCGAGACAGCAUUCACAAACCGCGAGCCUCCGGCAAGUUCACAUUGCUCAGCCAUGCUCGCUGCGCACUGCAACCUCUAGGCCAUCCCGCUUCAAAGACAAGAAAGGAGAAGUUGCAGGAUAGCAGAUGAAACGUGAGCUUCAUGAGCUGAUACUCUGCCUCACUCUCGAACCCAAGCACAAAUGAAUCCACAAAUUGCUCAAGGCAUCUCAAUUUAACUGAAAAGGGACUUGUGGUUUUUUGUAGAGAAGUCCAGGUCGGCGAGUCAAACUGUGCGAGCUCAGCCUACAAACUUUGCCCUAAGGUUAUGUAAUAAAUAAAGGGUUUAACUUCUCGGGUUUUAGGGUUGCUUCACUCACACGUCUUGAGAUUUAGAUUUCAGCUGGUUCAUUAUGUUCCUAUAAACCCGAGAAAUUGGCACGUUAAGAAAACAUUUUGUAAGGGGGGUUACCGUGUGUUUUCUUAGUAUCCCUUUUACUUUGUCUAUUUUUUUGUCCUCAGUUUUAUUUUUAGGACGUUGCAUUAUUCUAGCUGUGUAGAACCAUCAGAGAUUCACAGGUCAUAAGAGAUGUCAUCGUACAUGGACCUCAGAAUGGGGUCCUUUUCGAAUUAUGACAGGCCAGUUCUUCAGAGCGAUUUUCAUCUGUGCUCAUAGACACCAUCAUGUUUAGUUCUGCAAGCCAGAUCGCCGGUUCGCCAUCCAUAUCUUUUGCACAAAAUGUACGGUUUCGCUCAGCCGCUUGCAGAUGAUCGGAUUGUGGUCCAUGUCAACAGGACAUCUGUGAGACUUUUUGUACGCGACCAUUGGGGCCUAGAGUCAAAUGGCUUUUAAAUGCACUGUCGAACCCAUGUUGUUUACACUGGAACUGUGUAUAUCCAGCACUCUGCCUACUGUGACCUGACUACUGAAUGGAGGGACAGAUGAAAAAAGAAAAUAAUAGUAAUACUAGGUUUUCUUCUGUACUUCUACAUGCUUGUAAGAUUGCCACAAGAGUGCAUCCACUGUUGUAAGUGCAGGAAGCUAAAAUGCCAGGCCAGGAAAUGCAACGCACGUGACAAAUAUAGACUGUGAGGUUUUGCCGUUACCAAUUUCUGGUUCAGAGAGGAUUGUGUGUGUAAGUGUAUGUGUGUGUACAGAACUGCGUGUGUUCUCCUGGACCUCGCCUUUACGAUCAGCCACAGUGUGCAGCACAGAAACUAUCCAUCCUUGUGAUUUUUUUUGUGCAGUUAGAGCCAUCGGAUCCCAGAAGCCACGCCCACCUGGUGCUCUGAAAUACACAGAUGGCGUGUUGGAGAACAGAUGUCAGGAACCUUGCGACUGUCGGGCAAGACCCGGGGAUACGGACUAGCGUGCCAUGCCCUCAGCAGCUGUCCCAUAAUCCAACACCUCACUGGCAGCAGUGACAGGAAGGCCAGAGCCCCAGGGUCAUAGUUGCAGGAUCUUUACCUCUUUUCUCAUCACAGCACUGUCAGCCUGUUGUGGUAAUAGAACAGUAAUUUACUCCAGUUCAGACACUCAGCCUGAGCUCUGCUUUUAGUUCCUCCCAGGUGGUUUUCCUAACUGCGUCCGUCAGUUCUCUGGUUGGGCAAAUUUCACCCAUUUCUCCUUGUUCUCGUAAGCCCUCGGAUGGAAACAAGCUCUUAAAUUAGUUUAUCAGAAUCACUUAGGCUGAGGCCUUGUGCAUUACACGUUGCUUUAGUUACUCGAUCGCGCGAAGCAGUCUUUGUCACAUCCCAUCAGCUCUUCGGGUCUCAGAGUUCUGGGGAUUUCUUCACAGAACAUGUUCAGUUUACAGGUGAAGCAGAAGGUCAUUGGUGCAGCAAUAAACAAGUCGUCAAAAAAAAAAAAAACGAUAAACCAUCUCAUUCCCUUAUACAUUAACCUACCAAAAGCCAUGUAAUUCAUGAAAAGGAAAAAUUGCUUUUUUUUAAAAAUCUGAAGUAAGGUGACACAUUAUGAUAUGAGGAUAGUGUUGAGAACUUUUAGUGCAUCUUUUAAGUUUUUUACUGACGUCUGCUAUAAAACAGAUAAUAUUGUAAUUUACCCCAUUUUGGCUGGUUUAUAGUUUAUCAGCCAACUCGUUUGUCAGAAAUGAAAAAUACCCAUCAUUUGUCGCACUGAAAUUGGGUUCAUACUUCAGUUGACAAACGAAUGCUGAGCGAGUUGAAAAAUGUUGGGCUCUGACAUUUGUCAUCGCAAAAAUCAAAAUGUAAUUCAUACCUUGAACCAAAAAUAGGGCUGAAAAGAAAGUCAGCUAAGACUGUGGGCAGGAGUCACAUUUCGAAUCCAUUACAGUGGCCUUUUGUUUGAGUCUGUAUUUUACCAAAGGGGGGGAACACAGUUUGCUCAGCAGGUGGUACUAGAUGCAAUUAUUAUUUUUAUGUUGUGUGCAGGGUUCCCUGAGUUAUAGCAGGCUGUCAAAUGUUUCUUGUGGUAUUUGUUUAUCGGAUGUAAACUUCAGCAUUGCGCUUUCUUCACCACAGAACCUUUCUCCCUGCAUGUAGUGCUUCUGAUUAAUUUUUCAUAUGCAUGUCCGCCUCCUUCCCAUUUCCUUUUUCUGAAGCAUGACAUAAAGUUGCACACAUAACAAUAAACACCAAGGCCAUUCCUUCUCCAUGUUUACUGAAAGUGCUUUUCUGCAAGUCAUAACUGUUUGCAGUCUCUGCGAUUAAAAACAGCAAUUUUUCUUCUUGGACAACAGCAGCAUUUGGACAUUGUUGCCAAUCCUUUUUUUUUUUUUCUUUUGCAUGCCCGUCGGAUGGUGAUCAACACAUGAGCCUUUAGCAUGCACCAAGGGAUGAGGAGCUCCAUCUUGGCUCCACUGCUCAAAUUUUGCACAUCAUUUCAUCCCCAGAAUGUCCAUCAUGGCCCUGUUACGACUGGAGGGAGGGGUGUAUACGCCAUUGCCAGUGUUGGACAGCGUUUGGUUUAAUGAGCUGGCAGCAAAACUGUAAAUGUCCAAUUCACCUGUGCUGUUUCAUCAGCUGUAAAUGAAUUCCAAAAUAAUUUCUGCUGAUUUUAUCUAUAUUUGGAACAUUAGGAUUCUCGUGCCAGCAUUGUACAGAUUAUUCAUUCUUAUGGUAUUCUUUACAGUUUUUUUAUUUUCCAGAAUGCUUUGAAUUAGCUCAUUUGUUCCCUUUUGAAAACUCUAUUGCCCAGUCCCUCUCAUUUCUGGCACUGCUUCCUGGAUGGUACAAGCUGUGUUGUUUAACAAGCUCCUCACCCAGUGGUUUCCCUGAGCCCAGAAAAUCUCCCUUUGUGAAACAAUUGCUUCCUCGCUUGGGUUUGAAUAGCUAAUUCUUAGACAAUAUUAACUGUGGAUUUGGUAGCUGAAAUAACAAGAGCUCCCUGGCUAAUGGUUUCUGGAAAUGUAAAUGCUUCUCAUGAACCCUGCAGAUCAGUUUUGUGUCCUUAGACUCUUGAGAAGUUCACUACUCAGUGCUAACAGAAACUACUUCAGCCAAGGUUCCUUCAGCCAUGCACAUCAUAACCUUACUUCAGCUUACAUAUGAAUACACUCUCUCCUCAUCUUACAGUUAAGAAUUUCUGAAGAUGCAAACAUUUGCAAAAAAAAAAAUUCAAAACAUGAUCAGUUUUUUAAAAUUCCUAACUGUAGCAAACAUGCCCCAUAUUUACUCUCAAAUUCCACAGAUGGCAGUAAAGCAGUAAAGAGCACUUAGAGUAAGAGUGUUGGACCACCAUCAUUCACUUAAUUUCCACAGUGUUUACAGCACGUCUGCUGUUCCCAGGUGUUGGUGAUCAAUGAAAAGUUGAGGAGCAUUGCAUAUGUUUUUGGGAGCGGGCGGUCAGUAAUCAGCAUUGAAUAGCAUACAUUUAUGUCAUGUAACAAAAACAUUAGAAAUUCUCACAAUAUAUUUUCAUUUAUUACAGCUGAACAGGAUUUCCACAAAGCAGAACCAAUAAAUAAACAAGGUACAUCUGUAUUUUGGAGUUACAAACAAAAGUUAGAGAAGCUUUGAAAGUUUGAAGAGCCUGUGUAUGUAUGAAUAAUAUGCAGCAAUAUAUUGAAAUAAAAUACACAUAAUGUAAUAAAUAUUACCUUAAUCUGAGUGUACUGAUAACCUUAAACUAAUAUGCAGUAAAAUGCUGGAGGAGUCAGCAGUAACCAAAUCUGCCACUGUGUCUGGAAAGGCGGGGUCUUGGAACCACCUGUUUUACGAACUCUGUUGCUUUGGUAGAGUUUCUUUUUACGGUCAAACCUGAGAACGUUUCCUGCCAUGUCUUCGUGCAUUUCUUCGCCUGGAACCUUCAACCUGGACAAUGGAGAAGACUGACCUUGUGAGGCAGGCACGGCUUGCAGUGACCCAGCCGUGCAGUGUGUCCCAUUGCAACCCGCACCCGGCGCCGCCCCUCUCUGCCUCUGAUACAGCUGCCGGACCCUGAGAUUCAGAUCUUGUUCACUUCACAGGAGAGCAGAUGGCACGUAGGGCCAACAUUCCUCUUCGCAUACACUCCUUCUGCCUGGUCGUUGUCCAGCCACCGGUCACAGGGAAGAGAAACAUCCAUGGACACUUUGAGACAUUUAAGAACUCUGCAUUUACACCGUUUUGUCGUGGAAGGUGUUGGGUGAACCACCCGUUUCUGUACACGAGAGCACCGUAGAAGAGAACCCCUUUUUCGAACUGUACAAGAGACACG